CAUUCUUUUCAUUUCCCCUCCCCCCUCCUCUCUCUCUCCGCGCUGGAGAGCUGAGGCGGCGCCUGCGCAAUAGCUUCCCCCUGUUCCGCGCCGUUAGCCGCUAUAUGCUGGGAAUAACGUUCGAGCGGUUGCUUACACAGCCAAAGCGGCACAGAGAGGCGGGGAGUCCGCGAGCGCCCUUCCCCUCCUCCUCCCUCCGCGUCCUCCUCUGUGGAGAAGAUGGUGGGCCUGUGAGCCAGCGCUUUUGCCUUUCCCAAGCGGGGAUGACGUAGCCUUGUGAGGAUUUAUCAGCUAAGCAGAAAAUGAGCUUAACAUCUUGGUUUUUGGUGAGCAGUGGAGGCACCCGUCAUAGGCUGCCACGAGAGAUGAUUUUUGUGGGAAGAGAUGACUGUGAGCUGAUGUUGCAGUCACGUAGUGUGGACAAGCAACAUGCUGUAGUCAACUAUGAUGCCUCUACUGAUGAACACUUGGUAAAGGAUUUAGGCAGUCUGAAUGGGACAUUUGUCAAUGAUGUUCGAAUUCCAGAACAGACAUAUAUCACUCUAAAACUUGAUGAUAAAUUGAGAUUUGGAUAUGAUACUAAUCUUUUUACUGUAGUCAGAGGAGAGAUGAGAGUUCCUGAAGAAGCCCUUAAGCAUGAGAAGUUUACAAGUCAACUGCAGCUAUCUCAAAAAUCCUCGGAGGCAGAAGGAUCAAAGCUAACCAGUGCCAAAUCUACACAGCCAAAGGUACAAGACACCAUUGUUGAAGUGCACCACAAAGUUAUAGACACACUGAAAUCUGAAGAGAAAGCAGCAGAUCUUUCUGCCAUGCCUCCUCGGGGCACACCAUUAUAUGGGCAACCAUCAUGGUGGGGUGAGGAUGAAGCUGAAGAACAGAAUGGUUACAAACCUGAUAGUAAACCUGAAGAGAAAAUACAAGAAACUGGAGUUUUAGGAUGCAGCACAGAUGGCAAGCAAGCUGAGGAGCAAUCUGCAGCUGCAAGUGAAGAAGAAACUUAUCCUUUCUGUAGGGAGCCAAGUUAUUUUGAAAUCCCUACAAAGGAAUCCCAUCAACAUUCCCAAAUACCUGAGGGUACUAUUCAUGAGAUCCCAACAAAAGACACACACAUAGCAGGGGCAGGGCAUGCUUCAUUUACUAUUGAAUUUGAUGACAGCACCCCAGGAAAAGUAACCAUCAAAGAUCAUGUUACAAAAUUCACUCCCGAUCAGCGCCACAAAUCUAAGAAGCCUUCUCCUUCUGGUGCCCAGGAUCUUCCUGGGCUUCAAACUGUGAUGAUGGCACCGGAGAGCAAAGUGGCAAACUGGUUAGCACAAAACAAUCCCCCAACAAUGAUCUGGGAAUCAACAGAGGAAGAUUCAAAAAGUAUUAAGAGUGAUGUUCCAGUCUACUUGAGGAGACUGAAAGGAAACAAACAUGAUGAUGGAACACAGAGCGAUUCAGAAAAUGCCGGAGCACACAGGCAUUACAGUAGACGGGCAGCACUUGAAGAAAAGUUAAGGCAUCAUUAUGCUGAGCAGAAGAAAUUGCACACAAAAUCCCAGGACACAGAGAAACAUUCAGACCAGCCAACUGUUAGUCAGACUGCUUUUAUGAUCGAGUUUUUUGAUGAAGGCCAUUCCCGGAAGAGGAGAUCUUAUUCUUUUUCUCAAAACGUGGGAGUUCUGUGCCCUGAAACAUCUUCUCCGGCACCCCCUACAAGAACUGAAAAAGUGAGACCUCCAUCAGGUGACUCCAAAGGCAGUUUACCACCUUCACAGAAUAGCUCCGCCCAACAAAGAGCAGUACAUGCAAAACUUCUGAAGCAAAAGUCAGAAGAACCUUCUGCUGCACUACCUUUCUUACAAAGUGCAUUAUUGAGAAGUUCUGGAAGUCUUGGGAAUAGACCAAGUACAACUGAGGACAUGGAGAAAAAGAUGAUAAGCCAGGUCGUUUCGGUGGCUGUUGAAAAGGAGGAGGAUGACCAAAGUGAUAAAGGUACUUACACUAUUGAGCUGGAAAAUCCCAAUGCUGAGGAAGUAGAAGCUCGCAAGAUGAUUGACAAGGUUUUUGGAGUGGAUGACAGCCAGGAUUAUAAUAGGCCUAUUAUCAACGAGAGCCAGAAAGAUUUAGUAAAAGAUUGGGCUAUUAAUUCUGCUACAGUAGUGCUGGAAGAAAAAAGACCACUGAGUACAACUGGAUUUCUUGACACAGAGGAAAGCACUGGCAUAUCUGGAAGCAAGCGCUGGGUGUCGCAGUGGGCUAGUCUGGCUGCUAAUCACACAAAACAUGAAGAAAGUGAAGUACGGAUGGAAUCAUUUGCUCCUGCUCCUCCUCUAGAAAAUGAUACAGACAUCAGUGAAUCUGGCUUGUCAGCUAGAAGUGCUGCCUCCGCUACCUCUUUGACCAGCCAAGGAGACAGAAAGAGGCGAACGCUUCCACAGUUGCCGAAGGAGGAAAAUGCCACAGAAGGACAAAGAACAAAGGUUACAACCCACCAGCGAUCGGAGAUAGGUGAAAAACAAGACACUGAACUUCAAGAGAAAGAAACUCCGACUCAUACACAGAAAGAAAUAGGGCAAAUUAGUGACAGGAGCGUGACUAAAGCAAGCAGGGCAAUGAAUGGCCUGUCUCCUAAAACAGACAAGGCGCUUCUUCACUCCAACAGUUGCUUUUCUUCUGACAAAGAGAAAAGUGAAAAUGGCAGAGAAACAUCGGUGGUAAAACAAGCUUUGGCUAAAAUUAAGCAGCAGGAACAAAAGGAGGCAACACAUUGGACCCCCACUAAAUUAUCUUCUUCCAAAACACCAAACCAAGCUGAAAGAAGUAGAGACGAGCCGCCUGCUUCUCAUAAAGCAGACAAUAAAGAGAAAGCAUCAGGGCGUGGUUCUGGCAAAGCAGAAAGUAAAGUGGUGCAAAGUGACGGGAAAAGAAGGAAAGCGGAAGAGGCAACAAGAUGUCCAACUCCAAAAGGGUUUAGUGGGGAUAAAAAAGAAUCAUCAAAGCCAUUGGUGAGACAAGGCAGCUUUACCAUAGAUAAACCAAGCACAAAUAUACCUAUAGAAUUAAUCCCACACAUUAAUAAAGAGACAGGAACUACGCCAUCAUUUUCUUUAACAUCCACUAGUAGAAUAAGUGAGAAAAGUGAUUCAGUGGAAACAGAUUCUAGUCUAGAUACAACACUUAUCUUAAAGGACACUGAAGCUGUAAUGGCUUUUCUUGAAGCGAAGCUGCGUGAAGAGAACAAAACCGAUGAAGGACCUGAAACUCCCAGCUAUAAUAGAGAUAAUUCCAUUUCGCCUGAAUCAGAUGUGGAUACAGCUAGUACAAUUAGUCUUGUUACUGGAGACAGUGAAAGAAAACAAUCUCAGAAACGGAAAAGCUUUAGUACGCUGUACAAAGAUAGAUGUUCCACUGGUUCACCUUCAAAGGAUGCUUUAAAGUCAUCUUCUACAAGUGCUAGAGACAAAAUUGAGAAGAAAACAAAAAGCCGCUCUUCAGAUGCUGGCUCGAGAGGUGAUGCACGCAAGGUUGUGCAGAGCAGUGGAAGAAUAAGGCAGCCUUCUGUAGAUUUAACAGAUGACGACCAAACUUCCAGCGUACCUCAUUCUGCCAUUUCUGAUAUCUUAUCUUCUGACCAGGAAACAUGUUCUGGCAAAUCGCAUGGAAGGACAUCUUUUACCUCAGCAGACGAACAUUUACAUUCCAAAACAGAAAGUAUCAAGUCAGCCAAGUUGAGGACCUCUCCAGCAUCAGCUGGGCAGUCCAGUAAAUCAAUCACUCUCCCAAGGCCUCGCCCCACAAGGACUUCUCUCUUACGUAGAGCGCGACUUGGUGAAGUGUCAGAUAGCGAACUGGCGGAUGCGGAUAAAGCAUCCGUUGCUUCUGAGGUGUCUACUACAAGUUCUACUUCCAAACCCCCAUCAGGAAGGAGAAAUGUCUCAAGAAUUGACCUGCUUGCUCAGCCACGGAGAACUAGACUUGGUUCUUUAUCAGCACGUAGUGACUCUGAAGCAACAAUGUCUAGAAGCACGACAUCAUCUCGUACUCCAGAAGCCAUAAUUAGAAGUGGCAUUAGGAUAACACCGCCAGCAGACAGCACUAAACUUUCUCCUAGAAUGAGAGCGAACAGCAUUUCUCGCCUUUCGGACUCCAAAUCCAAAUCUCUGUCAUCAGCUCAUAAUUCUCCAGCAGUAAAUUCAAGAUGGAGGCGCUUUCCUACUGAUUAUGCUUCCACCUCAGAAGAUGAAUUUGGAUCAAACCGUAACUCUCCUAAACAUGCCCGUCUACGUACUUCUCCAGCCCUGAAAACUACUCGAUUGCAGAGCACAGGGACACCAACGCAAAGUAGCAAUAUCUUCAAGCAUAGGAUAAAGGAACAGGAAGACUACAUUCGAGAUUGGACUGCCCAUCGAGAAGAAAUAGCAAGGAUCAGUCAGGACCUGGCUCUCAUCGCACGUGAAAUCAAUGAUGUAGCAGGAGAGAUAGAUUCAGUGACUUCAUCAGGCACUGCUCCUAGUACCACAGUAAGCACUGCUGCCACCACCCCUGGCUCUGCCAUAGACACUAGAGAAGAGCUAGUAGACCGUGUAUUUGACGAAAGUCUGAACUUCAGGAAGAUUCCUCCAGUGGUAAAUGCAAAAACACCAGAUGGCAACGCUCGACCUAAUGAUUCCAAACCACAGACAACAGACCUACCUGAGCCCCCCACAAUUACACGUCGUCGAACCUGGAGUAGGGAUGAAGUUAUGGGAGAUACCUUGCUGUUGUCCUCAGUCUUCCAGUUUUCCCGAAAGAUUAGACAGUCUAUAGAUAAAACAGCUGGUAAAAUAAGAGUCUUGUUUAAAGACAAAGACCGAAAUUGGGAAGACAUUGAAAAGAAGCUACGAGCUGAAAGUGAAAUCCCAAUGGUGAAAACAUCAAGCAUGGAAAUAUCAUCAAUAUUGCAAGAAUUGAAGAGAGUUGAGAAGCAACUACAAGUGAUAAAUUCAAUGAUUGAUCCUGAUGGGACAUUGGAAGCGAUGAGCAAUUUGGGGUUGGCAAGUGCUGUCCAAGCAGCUCAGCCUAAGCAGAAGUCCAGCUCUGUCUCUCAAGGUGCCCGUCCUCAGAUCCAGCCAAACUGCCAGCCGGAAGCAAGAGCUGUUCGACCCUCCAUUGCCCCAGCUUCAACUGAACUUGGCAAUGUUGAAUCUGAGCAUGAUUUCAGCAUACAUUUCAAUCGGUUCAAUCCAGACGGAGAGGAGGAAGACCCAACUUUGCGCGAAUGACAAAAUGUUAUCAGAACCUUUAGUACUGAAUGUGCAGAAUUCAGUGAAAGAGUCCUAGCAUCAUCAUUCAAAAAGUAACAAAGUUUGGUAAAAGGGCCAUUGCUUUGUUAUACCAACUACUUAGCUGUGAUGCUUUGGAUGUCGCGCACACCUGACUCAUUAAGGUAAAAUUGGUAUUGACAUAGAACGCAGUUUGUGGUAAUUGUAUGGGCUUUGCAAGCACUUAUUUUGAACCCUUUUCUCCAUAGUUUACUUUGUUUCAGCAGACUGUUAAAAUGAUAUGCAAGCAGAUGAAAGUCCAGCAUUAUUAAAUUUCUGAGUCUCCUGUGCCAAGCUGAUUUGUGAUUAAACCUCUUCACUCAAAUUUGUAUGAAAUUAUUGAUCAUUUAAACUUGAUUCUGAGUAAGGGGGUCUAAAUUAGGAUCUCCUGCAUCUUAAUACCAUGACACAUUACAAUAUAAGGAGAAUGCUUGACAAUGCAUUCAUUGUUUCAUACUGAAGAUUUCAAACCAUUGUGAUUUAUAUAACUUCAUUGCUAUGUAAAUUGUCAUGAGGUUUACAUGAAUAUUAUGUUUGCACUAAGAAUUUGGUGGGAGUUGAAGGUGAACAUAUCAGUAUCAAUAGGGGCUAAUAACUUGGAUGUAUAUAGAAAAGUGAUCAUAACUGUCCUUAUUUUUUUAAAAGAUGACACCACGACAAUGGGGCAAAUCCACCUCCCAAAAGUCUACAUUUGGCCCUUGCUGAUCCUGUUCAAUAGGUCUUUUUGAUGUUGAUGAGAAUGAAAUGUCAUCAUUUUGGAACUAUGAAACCAGUUUAAUGUAUAGCUUUGAAAGUCUAUCCCUUUAAAUGCUUUCUCAUGCUGUGUCACCAAGGUCAAAUAAAAAUGCAUUUAUAAGUGCUCCUUGAGAUGAUCAUGAGUUGUAAAAAUUUCUUCAGAAGAUUUGGAGAUAGAAUAGUGAUAAUCUGGUCAAUAGACUGACUCCAGACAUACAAAUUGUUCAUGUUUUUCCCUGUAGACUCUCUAGUAAGUCUGUCUUAUAUGUUAUAAGAAUUUCUGGAAGAAAACUGCUAAUGUAGCCCUUUUGCUUAUACUGCUUAACAGCAAAGCUAACAAAAUAUCUCAUAUAAGCCUAUUUAUCUUUAAAAUUGUCCCUGUAACUUAACUUUUGGAAAUAAUAACAAAAGUAAAUAACCCUAUAUUUCCAGAACACUGUAAUUUCAAGAUUUUCUGUUAAAUGCAACUAAGAACUGGAAGUUUCCUGUUUUUGCAUCAGUCUAUAUAUUAAGGUUAAAAAUACAAUUUUGAAGCUUUUAUGAAAUAGUAUUUAAUAUUUCAGCAAUAAUCUUAUGUGUCACUUGUUUAAAACUACUUUUUCCUGUACAUCUUUAAACUGUACAGGAUUUUGGAAGUCACUGCAAAGUUUGACCAACUAAAUAUACAAAAACAUUUUUUGUAGAGAUAUAAAAAUAAAAACCCCGAAACCCUGUGUAUAUUGGCUUUAGUUUUGUUCUUUUGCUUUAAAAUUGGAAACUGCCUCUUGUCAAACUCUGUAUCCCACUCACUAUUGACAGAGAUCAGGAAAACACUUGUUUACAGAUGCUGUCAAAAUUUAAACUGGUGUACAACAAAAUACAUUGAGAGCAGUUACAAGGUUUUGGCCAUCAUCAUUUCUCAUUUCAGUGCUUGGGAGAAGAACCACAAACACACAUAUGUGGGAAAAUAGGAAACAGAUAUGGAAAAAUUAAACAUUUACACCUUUCACGUAAUUGUUUUUAUUUUUUCAGACGUUUACACCUUUUGUGUUCUGUAAUAAAUGUUUGCAUUUACAAUGUUCUUUGUAUGAAUGCAUACUCCUUAUUUAUUUUUUGUUACAUUUAUUAUGUAUGUUACAAGCAUUUACAGCUCCAUUUUUAAAUAAAGUGUUUCUGGAACUUUAUACAAUAACUUGA